GACCCACAAAAAUAGAUAGGAAAGUUUGAGAAGAUAAUGCAAGGUUCUAUAGCAGCUGAACCAGAAGCAGCAGCAGAGGAAGAAGAGGAACCAGCCAAGCUCAACCUCAACCUCCUCUCCAAUGGCAUUCACUAACCUCCACCUCCCAACUCUCUACUUCUUCUUCUUCUCACUCCUCCUCACUCUACUACUCUCCACAUCUUCCAUAGCUGAAUCUUCGCAAUUGUACGCAACUCUCAAGCAGCAAAUCCAGGAUACCGACAGUAAAGAGCCAUUUGUCGGAGUGAAUAUAGGCACAGACGUUUCGAAUCUGCUCUCCCCAUCCGAGCUCGUAUCGUUUCUCGAGCUUCAGAAAAUCACCCACAUCCGUCUCUACGAUGCCGACCCUGACAUUCUCAAAGCCUUGGCUAAAACCAAGAUCCGGGUCAUCAUCAGCGUGCCCAACAACCAGCUCAUCGCAAUCGGCUCCUCCAACACUACCGCCGCUUCCUGGGUCGGUCGAAACGUCGUCGCUUUCUACCCACAGACUCUAAUCACCGGCAUUGCAGUUGGGGACGAAGUCCUCACCACAGUGCCCUCUUCAGCUCCUAUGCUUGUUCCUGCGAUUGAGUCCCUCUACAGUGCUCUGGUGGCUGCAAAUUUGCACACCCAGGUCAAGAUUUCGACUCCGAAUGCUGCUUCUAUCAUUCUUGAUCCGUUCCCACCUUCUCAGGCAUUCUUUAACCAGAGCUUGGCAGACAUUGUGGUGCCUUUGCUUCGGUUCUUGUCGAAAACAGGGGCUCCCCUGAUGAUGAAUUUGUAUCCUUAUUAUGUGUUUAUGCAGAACAAAGGUGUGGUGCCUUUGGACAAUGCACUUUUCAAGCCUUUGACGCCCUCCAAAGAGAUGGUGGAUCCGAAUACGUUGCUUCAUUAUACUAAUGUGUUGGAUGCUAUGAUUGAUGCUGCUUAUUUUUCGAUGAAGAAUUUGAAUGUGACUGAUGUAAUGGUGCUUGUUACUGAGAGUGGCUGGCCUUCAAAGGCGGAUUCUAAGGAGCCUUAUGCUACUGUUGACAAUGCGGAUACAUAUAAUUCGAAUUUGAUCAAGCAUGUUUUCGAUAGGAGUGGGACUCCUUUGCAUCCUGAGACCACAUCGAGUGUGUACAUUUAUGAGUUGUUCAAUGAAGAUUUGAGGUCUCCGCCGGUUUCUGAGGCCAAUUGGGGUUUGUUUUAUGGCAAUUCGAGUGCUGUGUAUUUGCUUCAUGUUUCGGGGAGUGGGACUUUUUUGGCUAAUGAUACAACAAACCAGACAUUUUGCAUUGCCAUGGAUGGAGUUGAUGCAAAGAGUUUGCAAGCAGCCUUGGAUUGGGCUUGUGGACCGGGGAGGGCUAAUUGCACAGAGAUUCAGCCUGGGGAGAAUUGUUACUCUCCUAACAAUGUGAAAAACCAUGCUUCUUAUGCUUUUGAUAGCUAUUACCAGAAGCAAGGAAAGGCUGCUGGGUCUUGUGAUUUCAAAGGUGUAGCCACCAUUACAACCACUGACCCUAGUAAAGGGAGCUGUAUAUUUCCUGGAAGUAAACAAGCGAGCAAUGUAACAAGGCAGGUGGUGAAUUCAACUCAUGAAAGUGGUGCAGCAGAGAGGUUAAAAUUCAUUGGCUUCAACAGUAAAAGACCAAGCGGAAUCAGCUGGCUGUUGUAUGUAAUUUUUGUUGUAAUUUCCCCUAGUUUAUUAUUCUUUACUCCCAGCUGA